GGAGCUUGCAAAAGAUUUUGUUGUUGCCGGCACUGCAUCUGAGUCUCUGUAUGGUGCUUGUGAAUCGAUGUUUAAGCCUGACAUGGAAGCCGAGGAAUUGUUUGAAACCAUCUCCCAAGCACUGUUAUCAUCUGUAGACCGUGACUGUCUCAGUGGCUGGGGUGGACAUGUCUACGUUGUCACGCCAACAGAAGUAAAGGAAAGGAUUUUGAAGGGAAGAAUGGAUUAACUUCUAAGCUAUCUACUAAACUACUUCAGUUCAUCAACUCAACCACUUCAGUUUACUUUGUUUUCUGUUUAAUUCGGAGCUGAAUGGCAGAACAUGUAAUGGGUACCUUGUUAUUGUGCACUUCAAUUAAACGAACCCAGAAAAUUAUUUACAAACUGGUUCAGCUGUUCUAUAUUAUAUAGAUUUUUUAAGAUUAUCUGCGAAACUAGAUUCUGGAAUCGGGUAUGCUGUUGAAUUAAAUUAUGAGAGAUGUAUUGGAAUGUUUCUAGGA